UGUCAUUCGACGUUGACUUGUUGCAUGGAUCUCACAAUGAAGAAUUUCUUGAGUUUAACGGUGUUAUCGCUGGUCUGUCUGGCGUUAGGCGCUCCCGCCUCUAGCGAUGAUAAAGUACACGUUGUCGAUAAGGAGUUGUUUACCAAUGAUGCCAUUAUAUACUCAGGAAACCAUAAAAUCGUAAACAUAAUAGUGCCUCUUAAUGGCCUUAACAACGCAAACGAUGACGGUGACUCAACCGAAUAUAAUCCUAAUUCCAAUGAAAAGGAGCUAAACAUUCUAUUAUUCUUCGUAGAAGCUGAUAUCCAUUUACGUGACAAUCGUGUUGCACGAGGACUUUACGUAUGGAGAGAUGGAAAGGCAACUAAGCUCUUAGAUUACGGUAGAGAUGCAGCUGCAUCAAGAGACAAUAGUACCUUAGCAUUCCUUGCAAGUAAUGAUGGAAUUUAUGUCUAUGAUUAUAAAAAUAAUUCCGCUACCAAAUAUGGAGUAAUCAAUGACAAUAUAAUGGGCAUUGGUAAAGAAUCAACCGGCGAUAUUAUCUACAUUCUGACAAAAAAACAUGAAAUGUUCAAAGUAUCGAAUGGCGGUAUGAUAAAAGAAAAAAUAAACGACGUGGUUAACGCGAAACAAUUUGUGCUAGAUUUAUCUAACAACAUAUACUUUUACACGUUGGACAAGCAAGUAUACGUCCGCACAAAUAAUACUGUUAAGAAAAUCGAAGGUCUGCCGAAAAACUCAACCAGCAUAAAUCUUAUCAAACCACCGUUAUUCAUAUUUGAUGAUGCAGUUCCUGUCGUUGUCGACAACGACUUAUAUUUCAUCUUCGCUAAUGGUACAACUCAAUUCUCUGAUAUAACAUUUGGACCCGAAGCAAAACCUUCAGCUUACGCGCCAGAUGCACUCUUGGUACAAUAUUAUGGAUAUAAUAAUAAUAUCUAUGAGUUCAAUGUCAUCACUACGAUAUAUGAUAAUGUUGUGAAUUCGCUAGAUAACUUAAUUGAGAACAAUGUUAAUAAAAUUCUAUCGGCUGCGGACAAAGCAAAACGGCCGCGUCAACGUCAAAGCGUUUAAUUUUAUCGUGCUAACAUAAUAUGAAAUAACUUUUGAAAUUUGAA